AUGUUAAUAAUAUUCCCAUUCUGGAUUAUUAUUGCUCCGCGAGAUUAUUCAGAUGUAGCCCUGUGUUCGUCUGCUCGUUUCUCUCCGCAAUUAGACGCUAGCAGUAGCUAAGGGAAUCUGGGCAGCAAUGUCCAGUGCUAAACAAAUGCCACAAGACUUGUGAAAAUGAAAGAACCAUUUCAGGCAGGAGCAGUGCCUUGCCGGAAGUCGAUCUUCUGGACACAGCCAGUGGAUAGAGUCACAUGCAGGCAAACUGAAUUUAAAGAUUGAGUGUAAACAAGAAAGUACCAAAGGGGCAACAUACUAGGAGUUCACAUCCUGGAAUUCAUCAAGCAUGGCUAUUCCAAGACUGAAAUGACCCUUGCAGCCGCCUGUGGAAUGAAUCACACAACAUUUUGAUUAGAAAGUCACUGGAGCUCAGGCUGUUCAUUUGCAAAUGCCAACGUUAAAUGGCCAUUCUCAGCAUGUCCCACACUGUACACUCCUAGGAGCCAAGCAGAAAUGUGUGGGAUACUGCUAACAUAGCGUGUAGAGAGUUUGACAAAGCUUACGAGAGUUCAGCAUGCUCGCUCUGGGAAGAGCCAGGCUGCAAACAUGGCAUAGUAUGAAGAUUGUUAAAUGCUGUAGCUUAAUGAAAACAUUUGCAGCACAGAAGAAAUGCUCUUGGAGUAUGUGGCAAGACAGAAUUCAGCUCUGAUGAAAACACAAAGAUCUGAACGGUGUUAUGGAAAAUAGUGCAGUUCAUGUCCAGAAAUGCCAAGUGCACAAAGGAAAAAAAGUCUGAUCCUGUGUGAUUGCAUUGCAGUUUGCCUUAUAUCUGGGGUCAUUAAGUCAUCAGUCCAUAGUGAAAGGAAACAACGGGCUCCCGCCUGUAGACCGGCUCCUGAAGUUCCUUGUGGAUAGCUCUGCCGACUGCGAGGAGGAAGUUCAGUGUGCAAACUGCGACCAGGAGUGCAAGAAACAGGAAAUGGACACCAUGUAUUUCUGCAACACCUGUAACCAGCCCCUCUGCAGCAAGUGCCGCGAAGAGACCCACAAAGCCAAGAUGUUCUCUCGCCACGAGAUUGUCUCCUUGACUAAGCGCACUAAAGACAUCCACAAGAAAUGCUCUCUUCAUGAGGAACCUUACAUCAUGUUUUCAACAGAGAAAAAAUCCAUGCUCUGCAUUAACUGUUUCCGGGACAUGCAGGUAGAAAGCCGAGCCCACUGCAUUGACAUCGAGACUGCGUACAUGCAAGGCUGCGAGAAGCUCGACCAGGCUGUGAUGGCCGUGAAAGAGCUCCAGACGUCCACUCGAGAGGCCAUUGUCCUCCUCAAAGCCAUGAUUGAGGAGGUGCGCAACAGUGCAGAUGAGGAGAAGACAUCCAUCAACUCACUCUUCAGUAGCAUGCAGGAGAAACUAGCAGAGAGAAAAAAGAUGCUUCUGAAAGCUGUUCAGAGUCAGUAUGAAGAGAAGGAAAAGGCAUUUAAGGAGCAACUCUCCCACCUGGCAUCCCUGCUGCCCACCCUGCAGGUCCAUCUGGUCACCUGUUCUGCUUUUUUGAGCUCUGCGAACAAAGCCGAAUUCCUGGAUUUGGGAUACCAACUGAUGGAGAGGCUCCAGAAAAUAGUCAAACUUCCACAUCGCUUGAGACCUACGCAGACGAGCAAGAUAAACACUGAGUACAGGGCUGAGUUUGCCCAUUGCUUGGAGCCACUGUUGCUGCUGAAUCCACGCCGGUCUGUGGUGGUGAGCGGAGGCGGCAUUGGACCAGGGAUCAGCAGUGGAAACAUGCUCUCGGGUGGCCAGUGCUCCAAGACGCUGAUAGUGCCUGGCUGUCCCCCUUCCUGCGAUAAGAUGUCCAUCACAGGCGCUAUCGUGCGAAAGCCAACCAUGCAUCGUUACAUCAGCACCAAGGUCCUGCUGGCCGAAGGAGGGGAGACGCCCUUCACUGAGCACUGUCGCAACUAUGAGAACAUGUAUCGGACCCUGCAAACAGAGAUUCAGAACCUGAAGGAUCAGGUACAGGAGCUGCAUCGUGACCUCACAAAGCAUCACUCCCUCAUCAAGACAGAGAUCAUGAGUGAGAUCCUACAGAAAUCCCUCCAGAUGGACGUGCAGAUUGCCUCGGAGUAUUCGUCUGUGGAAAUGAUGCGAAGCAUGUUUGAAGAGAUUUGGGAGGAAACAUAUCAGAGGGUGGCAAAUGAGCAGGAAAUUUAUGAAGCACAGUUACAUGACCUGUUGCAGCUGAAACAGGAAAACAGCUACCUGACAACCAUCACCAAACAGAUUGCCCCCUAUGUCCGCUCCAUAGCUAAGGUGAAGGAACGGCUGGAGCCCAGACUACAAGAACCCAGGGAACUGAAGGAUGACCAGACAGAGAAUCUGCUCAAAAUUUACGAUGACAGCACAGUGACCAGUGACACAACUCACAGGAACGACUUGACAAGAAGCAUGGAAGACAACAGGGAGCCCAAAGUGGACAACCGAAUGCUGAACAUUGUCACUGAGGAUUCCCUACUGAAAGACACUUACAGAACCAAACAGAAAGGUGGGACAGAGAGUCCCAGCCAGAAAGAUUUUGCAACUUAGGCAAGGCAGAGUGCCAAGAAGCUGCACUGCUUUGCAUUUCAUCUAUGCAAACAAAAGACUUAAAUAGGAGUUUCUCAAGUACAUUUAUGGUUGAGUCAGGCUGGUAUGUUACAGAGGAUCUAUCCAUUGAAAUAAAGACUUGACAAGAUGGGAAGGACCAGCAUUUCCAAAUUUAGUUUGAUGAAAUUGAGUCUUGAAAUGCAGACUACGGCUUCACCAAUUCAGUUAAUCUAAAUACUGUUCUCAUUACAUUACCAGAUGGUUAUUAAUCAGUUAUGGUCGGAUUUCCCAGGCCAAUUUCUUUGGCUAUUUGUGUAUUUUCAACAACGUUAUACUGUAUUUUUCUGCAUCAAUAAAUUCAAACCUCUAUUCAGCAGAGAAGUCCAGUAUCUCCUGCGUCAGAACUCUUUGGUGAGCCCCCAUCAGGUCAGUAACUUGUUAUUGGAAUUGGUCUCCUUUCUCCUUCACAUGGAAACUUUGAAAAAACAAAUAUGGAUAUAUUUCACACCUGAAAUCCCUUAUCUCAGCUGCUCAAAGUGAACUGUAAGCUCUUGAUGGUGAACCUAGAAAAAAGUGGAGUAUUAAUAAGCCUAAUUUUGAUAUUGUGCUAUCAAUUUAUUUUAAAUGCAUGAAAACAGCUAGCUGUAUGUAAGUUUUAUUCCCACUACCCC